CGAGUCGCCGAUGACCCGAUGACCCGAGGAUCGCCAAGUUGAGCACUUUUCCUCACAGAUCUGCAAGCAUCGUAUGUCGUGGCCUAACCCCCCGACUCGAAGGAUUGAACGGAUGGGCGAUGUCGGGCAUAUCCCACGUAUAAAUAGUCAAGACCUAUCCCGUUUAUUAUCAAUCAGUUCUACACACAAAUCUUAAGAAUCAGGUUCACAAGCUCAACAUGUACUCUCUCACCAAGCUCUUCGUCGCCGUCAUAGCCUUAUCCACCUUCGCCUCCACCAACCCCGUCGCUGACAAGGGCGACACUCAGAACCUUGAGGCCCGCGGCGGCUGCCUUGGCUACGCCAACUACAAUGCUUGCCUUGCUGGUCGACACCGCGCAUGCCCUAUUGGUGCUGGCCAAGCCACUUGCUUUGCCACUGCCUCCAAGGUCUGCCAGCAGAACUGCUAAGGGACGCACAACCCAGACAAAGCUGGAAAGAGAAUGUUAGAUAGUGGGCAUUGAGUCAGUAGUAGCAUGAUUUGUUAAAACACUUCCAGUGCAGCCUUAUAAGUAAAAGGGGCAGUGAUACAAUAGCCUAUUUAUCUAGUACUAAAAAUUACCAAAUCCAAGAUAUUUAUCUAACGUG